UAUUAUUGUUACGUGAGCUGUAAUAUAAAUAUUCCGAACGUUUGUCGAUUAUGUCGACAACAACAAUAACAACAAUAACAACAAUAACAACAACAACAACAACAACAACAAUACAUUCGUACGACUCAAUACACAUACGUCGAGCGUAAAUCGCACGUGAAACGUGUGCAAAUCGGUCGCGCGGAAGCACGUCACUGUUGUACUCAAUCCGACCGAGCGGAGGACGAUUGCGAGCGCAGUUAAGCGAAGCCACGACGAACGGCACACGAAGAAUUGACACAUUUCGCCACGGACGCCGAGCGUUCACUUUUACCGGACGACAACACCGCAUCAGCCGCUGUCCGCGAGACACGCGUCGCCGCAACGCCCUGUUCAACCGUGUUCAGCCGUCAAACCGUCCAGUGUCUAACCGCAGCCGAUAGCUACAACAACAUUGCGCUCGAUUCGUCCGCGUUGGUCUCAGGUAAUGAUCAACAAAAUGAAAAUGUUAAAGUUGUCGAAUAUCGAACGCAGAAAAUUAAUGAGACUGAAUAUUAUACGUCAUAGAGAAACACUUUUAAAAUAUUUAGGAAAUAUUGAUGACACAACUUUAAGAAAUAAAAUAAAUAAAUUACAUCCUAGCAAUGUAAUAGAUUCAAAUUUAAUUGAAGAACUUAAACAAGAAUCGCCAGUAAAAGUCGAGGUUAAAGAAGAAGUAAUUUAUGAAGAACAACCGAAACCCAAGAGUGAAGAUGAGAUCUCUGUUGGAUCCAACAAUGAAUGGCAAAGUAUUUGUGAAAGUAAGAUUGAGACUCCUGUUGAAACCAGGAGAUCAAGCCGCUUAGAAUUAGUUAAAAAAGAUGCCCAUCACAGUACACGGCGUGAAGAUUUUGUUUACGAUGUACCACAUGCUAAUGGUAUUAGAUCGAAUCCGAAAAAGAACUGUUCCAAGCGGCAAGUAACUGCGUCCCAAAAAAUUCCUAUUCCUGUUAAAAAGAAUGCUAAGGUCUUACAGUCUAUAAAUAAUCGUGAUAGGUCAUUACAUAAUGCUAAAGAACGAGCGUGUCGACAGAAAAUAUCAAAGUUAUUUGAUAAUCUGAAAAAACAAUGUAGUUACUUGGAAUCCAAUAGGCGCUACCCAUCUAAACACAGUAUACUUAUGGCUUCUAAAAAAGAAUGUGAUUUGUUAAAGAUUUUUGAAAAAAAAUUGACUGUGGAAAUAAAAGAGUUGGCUGAAAUUAAUGCAAAUUUGAAGAAAAAGUUAGAGGAACUAAGUAAUGUAGACCAUUCUAAGAAAUCGAAAAAGUAUAUAAAAUGAGUUUUUAGUCAAAGCUCUAACAUUGAAAAUACUGUGGUAAAUUUUUUCGUUGCAAAUUGAUCCAAUUUUCUGUUUUUGAGUAGUAAUUUAUAAUUUAGUCAACAAUUUUUAUUUGUAAAGAAAUUUAAAUAUUUGUGAAAUAAUAUUUUUUGUAUAAAUUGUAAAUUUAUAUUUCUCAAUUGUAUGUUAUUUACUGUUUGCCAUGGUGUAAUUUAAUAUUAUGUUAAAUAUGAUGCAUAUCAUACAUAUAAUUUUUAAAUAUUGAUUUUAAGAGUGCUAUUUAUUUUGAUAAUAUCUGCAUAAAAUCUUUAUUGACUAAAGUCUAUAAUAUACGAAUUUAUUACAUUAUACAUGUUAUAUCGUUGGAAAAGUAUAUCAUAUAAUAUUAUUUUUAAUAUGCUCAAACUUAUUUUUAAUUUUUUUUGCCCGAUUUGUACAGUUUUUCUCUAUAUGAAUAAAUAUAUUUGUUUUAUUUAA